AUGGCAGUCACACACGGCCCCUGCGACCCCGCGUUUAAUCGCGUCCGUGAUCUUUUCCAAGAGAAACUUAGCUCGGGAGAAGAAGUGGGUGCGUCGAUUUGCGUUAAUAUUAAGGGAAGGAACGUUCUCGAUAUCUGGGGCGGUUAUGCGGACGCCGCCAAGUCGCGCUCCUGGGAAAAGGAUACACUGGUCGUCGUCUUCUCAUCUAGCAAGGUAGUCAGUGCCCUGGCCGCGCUGAUCCUCGUGGACCGCGGCCUGCUAGAUGUCGAGGAGAAAGUCUCAAAAUACUGGCCGGAGUUCGCAGCCAACGGCAAAGAAGACACUAAAGUGUGGCACAUUCUCAGCCACUCUUCUGGCCUGCCCCACUGGGACAAGCGACUGCCCAUGGAGUCCAUUUACGACACCAAAGCUUCGACUGAGAUGCUCGCUGAACAGGCUCCGUGGUUUAAGGCUGGGGAGGCGUCCGCGUAUCAGCUGGUAGACCAUGGACAUUUGAUUGGUGAGCUGGUACGACGCACUAGCGGCAAGUCGUUGAAGCAGUUCGUUGCAGAUGAGAUCGCGGGUCCGUUGGGCGCCGAUUUCAGUCUCGGCCUUGCCGAAGAUAACUGGCCGCGUACGGCAGAUAUCAUUCCUACUCCUCCUGUGGUUCUGCCAAAGGUUGACCCGCAAAGCGUUGUGGCGAGAGCCUUUGGGAACCUGACAUUCAAGGCUGAGGAUUCCCAGACACCCGGGUUCAGGGGAGCUGAGAUUGGUGCCGUAAAUGGGUUUGCGAAUGCGCGUGCCCUGGCUCGGAUUGGUUCAAUGGUGUCCUUGAAAGGGACGGUCGAUGGAAAGCAGUAUCUUGGGCUGAAGACUGUCGACCAGAUGAUUCAGGAGCGGGUUAGUGGUAUCGAUUUGGUGUUGUUUAUGAAAGUCAGAUUUGGGCUUGGAGUCGGCCUGCCUGUGCCGGAAGUUAUGCCCUUUAUCCCUGAAGGAAACCUUUGCUUCUGGGGAGGCUGGGGUGGAUCUAUGCUGGUCAUGGAUCUGGAUCGUGGCAUGACUGUUGCUUACGCCAUGAAUAAGAUGGGCCCGGGGAUCAUGGGCAAUGAGAACGUCAUGGCUUACAUCAAUGCGGUUUAUGAAGUCAUGGCAGAGAAGAAGCGCGCGGUGUCGCUAUGA